UUGAUCCGUGAGCGUUCUGUGUACCCUCGCUGUAUAUAAAGCCUAUCGCGUCUUGGCGAGGGCCACAAUCUCAGCGGAAGGGAAGAGACUGCAGGCAAAAUCCAAGAUGAACUUCUUCUUUUCCCUCGUGCUUGUGUCGGUGUUGCUGUCCGCUGACGGUAUGCCUAUGAAGGAUUUAAAAGACGUCGAUUCUGCCGAUGACAUAAUACAGAUGGUGAAAUCUGUGUCUGUUGACAAGAGCGCACAAGAGGAAAGUGAGUACGACAUUCGUCCCGAGGAGCGUGACGAUUCGGGCGCCCUGAUGGAGUCGGACAUCAAGCUGACCCCGGAGCAGCAGCUUAUUCUGGACGCGCGGAUUCAGGAGGCGGAAACCGGGAAGAGCGGGCGGAAGGGGACCGCAAAUAUCGCCGCUAGGUGGUCCGGGAACGUGCCGUACACGCUCAACAGUGCACUCAGCUCCCAGGCGCGUGAGGGUAUCUCUGCUGCCAUCCAACACUGGGAAGACAACACCUGCCUCCGGUUUCAGCAGCUCAGCGGGACGAUCCCUUCAGAUCUCAGAUACAUCGAGUUCUUCCCGGAAAACGGCUGCUGGUCGUACAUCGGGAAACUCUCCAACUCUGGACCGCAAAGAAUCUCCAUUGGACAGGGCUGCGAAGGAAUGGGGACAGUGGCGCAUGAGGUCGGACACGCCUUGGGGUUCUUUCACGAGCAGUCCAGACCCGAUCGGGAUGACUACGUCGAGAUUGUGUUCAGCAACAUCCAAAGCGGCAGAGAGGGGAACUUUGAGAAGUAUGGUCACGACGAAAUCGUCAGUCAUGACGUGCCCUAUGACCUCACAUCCAUCAUGCACUACGGUGGAAAGUACUUUUCGGCCAAUGGCGAGCUGACUAUCCGAACACGUGACCCAGAGAAGCAGAGCCUGAUCGGGAGACGUGACCGCCUCAGCUUCUACGACAUCAAACUGGCGAACGCGAUGUACAACUGUGGAGCGCACUGUAACGUGCAGCUGGCCUGCGAAAGCGGUGGGUACGUGGGACCCCAGUGCACAUGUGCCUGUCCCGUGGGGCUGACGGGAGAGACAUGCGGUAGUGUGGACACCUCUUCAGGUUGCGGCGGCGUUCUCCAGGGUGAUAGUGGAACCUUCACUAGCCCCAACUUCCCCAGUAACUACGAUGACAACAAACAGUGUGACUGGCUUAUCAAGGGAGAGAGAGGAGCGACGAUCCAGCUGGAGUUUGAGGAGUUUGGGCUGGAGGCGCACGACAGCUGUGCGUUUGACUGGGUGGAGCUGAGACUGGAAGGUCCACAGACCGCAGGGAGAAGGUUUUGCGGAUCCGGCCCUGGAGCAGUCGGCUUCGAGUCCGCCACCGAGACGCUGUUCGUCCGGUUCAAAAGUGACGAGUCUCAGACAGGCAAAGGCUUCAGGGCCAAGUACACCAUUCUUGGCGGCACUGGAGGUCCCGCUUCUACCGCGGAGCCUGCCGGUCCCGUCACCACUCAGCAACCCGAGCGUCCCGCCUCCACCGCCCAACCCGCUGUCUCCGUUGGAUGCGUGGUGGGAACGGGUGCGUCAUACCGCGGGAAACUGGCCAAGACGGCAUCAGGACGUGACUGUCAGCGUUGGGACGCACAGACACCGCAUCAGCACAGCCGGACCCCCGCUAACUACCCGGAGUUCGGGUUGGAAGAAAACUUUUGCAGGAACCCGGAUGGAGAGCCGUCCCCUUGGUGCUACACCACUAACCAAUCAGUACGCUGGGAGCUGUGUGAGAUCCCGACAUGCACCACCACCCCAACAGUGCCACCGGUGGUAACGACACGAACUACAACAACCACUCCGGCGCCGGCCGUACAGACUACCAAAUCGGAAGGGAACUGCGCCGAGGAGUGCGCCGUUGGAACCGGUGCCUCAUACCGCGGGGCAGUCGCCGUGACCGCAACAGGACAUACCUGUCAGCGGUGGGACACACAGACACCGCAUGAACACAGCAGGACCCCGACUAACUACCCAAACUCUGGGCUGGAAGAGAACUACUGCAGGAACCCGGAUGGAGAGGCGUCCCCCUGGUGCUACACUACUGACCGCCUCGUCAGAUGGGAGCAUUGCUCGAUCCCAGCAUGCAACGCACCUACCGAGGGCGCAAACAGAGGUCGGUAA